CAAUGGAGAAAAAGCUUAAGCAAGAUUCUGAUAUUCGGAGGAACUGGUUACAUAGGCAAGUACAUGGUGAAAGCAAGUGUGUCAUUAGGCCAUAAAACCUACGUCUAUACUCGUCCCAUUACCUCACAGUCUCCUCCUUCCAAGUUACAAAUCCACAGUCACUUUCAAUCAAUGGGUGUCACCAUAGUUCCUGGAGAAUUGGACCAGCACGACAAAAUUGUAGCUUUACUUAAGCAAGUAGAUGUAGUUAUCUCUGCAUUAGCUUAUCCUCAAGUUCUUGACCAACUCAAAAUCGUAGAUGCCAUCAAGGUUGCUGGUAAGAUAAAGAGGUUUUUUCCGUCCGAUUUUGGGAUCGAAGAGGAUAGAGUGAGUCCAUUGCCGCCAUUUGAAGCUUUUCUUGAGAAGAAGAGAGAGAUUCGAAGAGCCACUGAAGUUGCUGGGAUUCCUUACACUUUUGUGUCCGCGAAUUGCUUUGGUGCAUACUUUGUCAAUUACUUGCUUCGUCCAUAUGAGCAUAGAAUGGAUAUUUCUGUCUAUGGUAGCGGUGAAGCUGAAGCUGUACUAAACUACGAGGAAGAUAUAGCAGUUUAUACCAUAAAAGCAGCAGACGAUCCAAGAACGCUUAAUCGAGUUAUAAUUUACAGGCCAAACAAGAAUAUUAUAUCUCAGCUUGAACUAAUCUCUCUCUGGGAGAAGAAAACUGGUCAGAUUUUUAAUAGGGUUCAUAUCCCCGAAAAACACAUUGUGGAGCUAUCUGAGACCCUACCACAUCCACAGAAUAUUCCUGUGGCCAUACUUCAUAGCCUGUUUGUAAAGGGUGAUCUGAUGGGCUAUGAACUGGAUAAAGAUGAUCUUGAGGCUUCAAUGCUUUAUCCAGAAGUUGCAUACACUACAAUUGAUCAGCUUCUUGAUCUUUUUCUUACUAAUCCUCCAGAGCCUGCAUCUGCUGCAUUUGAUUGAUAUGAUCCGUCUAAGGUUUCAAAGCCAGUCUUUCAACUUAUUAAUAGACAUCAUAUAAAUUGAAGUAAUUAUAGAUACAAGCCGACUGUGUUGAUUUAUGUAAUAACAGUAAUAAUGUUACGGUCAACUGGGUUAGGAGAUUAGCGAACAAAGUCGUGCUUUAGUUAACGUAUCUUGUUCGUAUGCUGAUGUUGAUCUUUGGUUUGAGCUUCCUUCUCAUAUUGAAGCUCUUCUUGUUCUAGAUUCUAAUAAUGAAUGGAAAAUUAUUCUCUCUUCAAAA